CUCCUCUACUUCAGACUGUGUUGUUCCCCUGAUAAAACAGUUGCAGAAGCAAUUUCAUUAUUGAAAAAG